UGAAGUUUGUUUAAUUAUUUUUUUUAACAUAAAAUAGAUGUUAUACUUUUGCUGUGAAAAGUUCACAUUUAAAGUAUUUUUUGUAAUAAAAUCUUUGGCUGGUUGAUAAAUGAAUCUAUCAGAAGAAAAUAUUCCAUGUUGUUUUUGUCACAGUUGUGGUGAGGAUGGGAAAAGUGGGAAGUUCUUUGUUGAUAAAUUCAAAAACAUUGCAGCACAUCAGUUUUGUUUAUAUUUUUCUGCUGGUUUGGCUCAGAAUGGUUAUGACAACGAAGGUUUUGAUGGAUUUCUAAUAAAUGAUGUUAUAAAGGAAGCUCGUAGAUCUUCAAAAUUAAAAUGUAAGUUUUGUCAUAUGCCUGGUGCAAGUUUGGGAUGUGGAGUUAAAUCUUGCCGUUAUGUGUAUCAUUUUAAAUGUGGGUUGAUAAAUGAUGUACAAUUUAUGUUUAAAGGCAGAUUCAAUUCCUUCUGCAAGAUUCACCGCAGCUAUCAUGACAUGUCUGCUAUUAAUUCUACAGCUACCAUUGACUGUCCAGUGUGCCUUGAGUCAAUAACAUCAACUGGUUGUGAUAUCUUGAAAAUGCCUUGCUGCAAAAAUAAAUAUGCUCACAAAGAAUGUGUUCAAAAACAAGCUUUGGCAAGUGGUUAUUUCUUUAAAUGUCCAACAUGCAACAAUGUAAAGCAAUUUCGAAAUGAAAUGUCGAUGUUUGGCAUAUAUAUCCCUCAAAGAGAUGCUGUUUGGGAAGAAAAUGAUGCUUAUGAUGAUCUGCUUCACAGGUACGAUAAAUGUGAUAUCAAAACAUGUUUUUGUGAAUUUGGCAAUCAACAUUCUACUACAGAUGGUGAUUGGAUGUUUGUUCAUUGUUCUUAUUGUGGACAAAGUGCUGUGCAUAGUUUUUGCUUUAAGAAAAUGGUUUCAUCUGGUCGUGAGUACAUUUGUUCUGAUUGUGCAAACAUAGUUAAAAAUUCUGAACAAAAUUCCAUUAAUUGGAACUUAGAAAAUUUAAAAAAUCGCUACAAUUUAAAACCAUGCUAUGUGAAAAUCACACGGAUGACAGAACAGUUUAUCAAUAAAUACACAAAAGUUCAAGUCCAUGAUCAUUUUCAAACCGUGAACGCUUCAUUGCAUAAAUUUGGUAUACAAAAAGAAAAUGACUCAUUGCAUAAAAAUGGUAUAAUAAAUGAAAAGGACCUGGAUGUUUAUUCGCCUGCUGGUUUAGUGAAUAAAGAAAUUGUUUUAAAUAAUGUUGAUAAUGUUUCACACUGUCAAAAGGUCGCCCCGUUUCUAAAAACCGAGCAACGUAUUGAUACUGAGCAAUGUGUUAAUAUUGUACGCGAAAAAUGCGAGCCUUUAACUUUUACGCCUACCCAAAUGUCCAAUGUGGCAAAUCGAAUACUCUCCUGGAUAGGUCCAUUUCCAAUAGAAUCUGCUAGAAAUAAAGAAAUGCUUCCAAUCAGUGAUCAUUUUUCUAGGGAUAAAAAAGAUCUUUCUGUGCAAAAUAAAAGUGCUUUUUCUACUUUUUUUUCUAAAUCAAAAUUGGUUAACGUGACAGGGGAAAAUUCAGUAGUUUCGAUUGGUUCUACGUCCGUGUACAAGCCUUCUGUCACUUUUGCGAAGAACUUUUCCGAGACAAGACUCAUUUCUAACGUCUCCUCAACUUCUUACGAGAUUUCAAAAAAUGUUCUUAAAAACUCUGUUAUUGAAAACAACUCUCAAACAGUUCGAUAUACUGAGAACUUUGUAAACUUUAAAGACGGACGGCCGAUUCAGACUCAUUUAUGCACAAUGCACAGCCCCAAAUUAUGCGAACCAAUAUGGAGUUACCCUGAAAAAAGUUUUGACACAAGGCUUCAAAGCGUGCCCAAUUUAAAUACGGUCAUUUUUCAAACAAGUUCAAAUAAGAACUCGGUUAAUCUCAACACACCUAUUCUCAGCCUUCCCACUCCGAAAUGGAAAUACGUUAACAUGAAACGGAAAAUUUCGAACCAUUUAUGUAAAAGUAAUAAAAAACGGCAUUUCAUACCUCAUGAGCAGAAAUCUUUGGAUUCGUGGAUCAAAAAGAUUCACGAUUCUUGAAGUUUUUAUAAAUAAUUAUUUAAGAAUCAUGCUUUUAAACUUUAAAUUACGAUCAAAUUUGUUAUUUAUAUAAGUUAUUUGAAAUACCUUUGCAUGAAUAUUAAGUUGGAAGAAAAUUGAUUUUCGGGUAAUCUAGACGAUUUAA